GGAUAUUGCCAUUGUAAUAAAUUUCUGUUUUUACCUUUUUACCAAAUCAAUUGGAAUUCUUGGAAGAUUUCUGGCAUAGCACUUCAUUCAAGGGUGUUCGACCACACCCUUGGUAUUCUUAAUUGGCUCUUGUUCGAUUGGAAAGAGUUAUUUGCGGACGGCAUCGUCAUCGUGAAACCGUUGUUUCGCAUAACUCAACUGCACGUUAAUUUCAGCGGGAGUGCAGUAGACAAGCCAGCUUGGCACACGGGGUGAAAGCCAACGACAGCAUCGGUCAGAUGACAGUGGCUUGCAGCAACUGCUUCAGAGAGACAAAAAAAACAGGCCAAGACGUUCCAGCUUCCUUUAGAUUUUCUCUGACCUGUGAAUUUAGACACUGAAAACUAUGGCUUUUUCAAUUGGUAGUUCAAACAGUGACAUCAUGACAAACAUGGCACAAGGAGGGCAGCAGUUUGGAGGAAGGAAAACAAAGCGAGAUGACAUUGCAAGCAGAAACGGACCCCAGGCGUGCAAAAGGGCGGCAUUGGGCACAAUAACGAACACUUCAUCGACAAGAGUACAACCUGCUCGAGCUGCCAAACAAUUUAGGGUUUCUGGGGAGAACUCAUUCCCUGUGUUUCAAGAUGAGAAUGCACACUCAAGGUUACAACAGGGCAAAUCAUUUGUGAUUCCGUCCGCCGCUGCAGCACCAGCCUUUUCCAUUCAUGUGGACACAACAUCAGCGUACGUCCAACCUCCAACUACGUCAACGUCCUGCAAGAGCACAGACAAAGAAAAUGAACAUAUACUGUUAGACACUGCUCUGUCUCCGGUUCCCCCUCAAGCCCAAAGAAUUCCUCUUAGAAGUUCAGGUCCUGAUGUAGAAGAUAACAAUGUCAGUCUCAUUGAAGAGACAUCGUCAGAGUAUUCACCUAUGCUUCUGGAUACAUCCCUGGAUGCGAAGUGCAUAUCACCUCAGACACUGGUUGCCGAACGUGACUUAUCCUUGGGAGAACCAGAGUAUUCAGAAGAGAUCUAUCAGUACUUGAAGAUGGCAGAGCUGAAGCACAGACCAAAGCAUGGAUAUAUGAGGAAACAACCGGACAUCACGAACAACAUGCGAUGCAUUCUGGUCGACUGGUUGGUCGAGGUAUCUGAAGAAUACCGUCUUCACAACCAAACUCUAUACCUAGCCACAGCGUUCAUCGAUAGGUUCCUAUCGCAGAUGAGCGUACUGAGGGCGAAGCUCCAACUCGUUGGUACUGCAAGCAUGUUUGUAGCAUCUAAAUACGAAGAGAUCUACCCUCCAGAUGUGAAGGAGUUUGUCUACAUCACCGAUGACACCUACUCCAUCAAGCAGGUCUUACGUAUGGAGCAUCUGAUCCUCAAGGUCUUAUCGUUCGAUCUAGCUGGACCGACAAUCAACUGCUUCUUGCCAAGAUUUCUCAAGGCAGCUCAGGCCAACUCGAAGACAGAACAUCUCACACAGUACCUUGCUGAGUUGACUUUGCAAGAGUAUGACUUCAUCAAGUAUGUCCCGUCAAUGAUCGCUGCUUCAGCUGUAUGCCUUGCCAACCACACAGUCAACAAUGAAGGAUGGACCCCAACGAUGGCGCACUACACUGAUUACCAGCUUUCUGACAUUUAUCCCUGUCUACAAGACCUUCAUCAGCUAUUCAUCAAGGCACCUACCAUGGAUCAGCAAGCCGUCAGAGAAAAAUACAAGUCACAAAAGUACAGCGGAGUUUCUACGACACCAGUCCCCACUACUCUCCCCACUCUAUGAUAAUGGACUCGCAGUAUGCCCUGGAAAAGGGACAAACAGAAGAUAUUUCGAGACUAGAUCAUUUAGACAUUAUCUGUCAUGUAGUCUCAGGGACCAGACUCCCUUUGAAAAGGAUUCCUGAACCUCCAAGGAACAGUACUUUGUCCAAUGAACCGAAGGACAGCACUAGUUGGGUCAUUUGAGAAAAUCCUGUGAUUGGUUACAGUGACCAUGUUCGUUGACCUGUUUUUGCAGUCAUUCUGCAUUUGAAAUCCUUCAAGCUAUCGGAUGUGAUUGAUUAUUUAUAUUUUUAAUACAGGUGUGAUUUUCAAAGUUUAAUUGUUACGCACCUUUUUAACCUUGAACCCAACGUUAUGCACUCUAUCCCCUAUGACAUGACUUUUUUAUCUGUUUAUUUCAAAAAGGAAAAUCAAUCGUAUCAAAAUCACCAUCAUAUACUGAAAAAAAAUGUUACUGGUAAUUUCAAAUUAUUUCAUGAUAAUUCCAAAUUUUGUUUUGUUAAGUAUAAUUUUAUUUUUAAUGAAAUUUAUUGAUCAAAGUCAUGUCUUAUUGUGUAGAAUUGCUGAUCGGCGAUUAUUACUGAAACUUGUGGGAUUUUAAAUCUUUUUAAAAAUGUGUAAUGGUAAACAAUGGGCUCUGUGCCCUAUCUUACAAAGAGUUAAGAUUGAAUGCACUUUGUGUUUGAUAUCUAAAAUAGCUUUUUCACUUCACAAGUUUAGAACAAUAGAGUAACGAAGUGUGCCGUCAUCAGUUUUCUUCUAUUUUUUUUUUAAAUCGUAGUUUUUAUUGAGAAAAAUCAUCUCUAUAUCUCUCUAUUUCAUAAAACGUACACAAAUAUGGUUAUUACAUCAAUGUAAUUUCAGGUAACUUGUUUUUUUUUCAAUCAUUUUGUUAAAACCAGGGUGAAGAUAUACACAUGUUUCAAUGGUUUUGUUUUUAUCUGCAAGAGCAGUGCGCAUUUUAGCUUGCAUGCAGCUUGAGCGAGUGCGCCAAGCAUUUUAUUGUGAAAUACACUUUUUUAGGGGAAAAUACAGUUUUUCAUUCCCAGAGGUUGGCAGGUUUGGGUAUUUCAUCAUGCCCUGCUGCAGAGUUAUUGUCUAAAAAAAACCAGUGAUAUUCAACAACAAAAUGUGAUGUCAUACUUCGGUACUCUAUUGUAAGUGAGUUUAAUUUGAAUCUUUUUGUAACUUUCUGUAAGAUGGGCAAUGAUAACUAUUAUAAAGAGAAUACCUUUGUCAAAACAGUUCCUGGGAUCAUUGUGCUAUCAAUUUUUUUUUAAAGAUUUCAAGGGUGAAAGGCUGUCAGCCUGUGGUAUUGGGAGGGGGAAUUUUUCAGAUAAUUAUUUGCCUCUUUGAUUUGAAUCAUUAGUGCUACCAUUAGCAAGCAAGAUGUGCAAUCAACAUCAUAAUAGUAGACAUUUUGUUUUUAUUUCAUCCAUUUCCCACCAACUUGGUCUACAUAUUCAUAUUUUACAUUGCAGAAAAUUUAAUAUCUUUCUUUUUAUUCAGAUUUUUCCCAGAAAUUUUCUUAUUUAACUUAUGUUAUUUAAGAGAAAGGAGGGUUUUUCUCUUCAGUGCUAAAUUGCUAUGUAGAUAUUUUUUCAUGACUGGGAGCAAAGGGAUGGAAACUUGAUCUGCACUUACUCUGUCCGUAAUAUUCUUGAUAGGAUGAAGCAAUUGGAACUUCAAUUUUAUCUGGAUCUGGUUUCCUCUAUUCUUCAGACAUAUUUUUGAGAGCUCCCUAUUUUCCUACGACUUGCUUGUAUAUUUUGACUUUGGCAAGGAUUAUUUUUUAAUUCCCACACCCUACCAUAUCUGAAAGUACCAAAUUUCUGUAUUUUGUAAGGUCACAAUAACAGUCACAUGAUGUAUUAAAUCAUAUUCUCUUAUAAAUCGGCAGCAAAAAGCUUUUGUAAUACUUUUAAAAAAGGUUAGAUUUACUAUAAAGCAGUUGCAAUGCUGUUUAGUAUUGGUCCUUUUGAAUUUUUGAUACAGGCUCAGUUUUGAAAUAGCCUGCGGAGUUAAAAAGAUCUUCGACAUGUAAAUUUUACAUAUUCAUUCUGAUUCAUCAGCCUGAAAGAAACAAAAUAUGCUAUGAAUCAAAUUACAGCAACAAAUUGAAUAGCACCUUUUUUAAUUCAUAAAUUUAUGCAUGUUCAAAGAGGAAUAUUUAUAUAGCUGAACAUUUUAGAAAGUGAGGGUGAUGGUGGUUCCAGUAUUUGAAAAAAUGGUGCAACCGAUGAACAAAUUUUAUUUGUAAAUAAUUGUAUAUAUCUGAAAAAAAUAGAAAGGUAUUGUGUUCUAUAUACGUCACUUUCUUGGAUGUACAGUUGUACAUAUUUUGAUAUGUUUAACAUUCUUAAAUUACAAGGGUUGUGAUUUUUUGUUCUAAGAAAAUCACUGCCAUCAUGAGAGAAAGGGGAUUUUUACAAAAAAUUGAUCUUUUAUAGUGUAUACAUACACAAUUUAGAAAUUUAAACAAUACUUUUGAGCAAAGUGUUUUUCUAUGACAUUUUUAAACUAAAAACCGAAGCUAGACUUCAAUUUUGCUUCAUAUGCAAGUGAUGGGAUGUACAAGAGUACAUGCAUCACAAAUUUUUAAAGAUUGUUAUUGAACAGUACUGGAACAUUUUGGUGGUAUGUACCCCCUUCCAUUAAAUUCAUACGGAUGACAAAUUACGCUAAAUAUGCGUUGAUCUUGAAAAGAACAACAAACAGCCCUCAAAACAAUUGUGGUUUGGAAACAAAAAAAAAUCAUUUUUAACAUUUUGAAUGAUUUGUGAUGUAUUUGUAUUAAUAAGCCAUAAUUGAUUUGAUUACUUGAAACCUGAAUUUUAUGUGUGAAUUUUAAGGUAACAAAGAAGAAAAAAAUUUAAAUAGAAGUAAGAUAAUCUAAGAUCAGGCUUUCAAAACAGUUAUGGUGGCUUGUAAAAAGUUGCAUCUCAAAAUUUCAAUGAUCAUGACUUCAUGUUGCAUAUUACAAUUCAUUUGCAUAUCAUACCAUGUCUUUUAAUGAAUGAAUAAAAAAAAGAGAAAAACACUAAUUAAAACAUCAUCCCUCAA